UGGCGUUCUGACGUUCUUUUAAUGAAACGUGCACCAACGCUAGGUCACGUGACGUAGCAACUAGCAAGUUGUAGCGUCUGCUUUGAACAAAAAUGGGUCCCAAAGCUCAACAGAAGCCAGCAACAGAAUUCAAAUUUAAAGAAGGGGAACGAGUUCUUUGUUUUCACGGUCCGCUUUUAUAUGAAGCCAAAAGCCUCAAAGCAGAAUUCAAGGAUCAACAGAACAAAUACUUGAUACAUUAUGCUGGCUGGAAUAAAAAUUGGGAUGAGUGGGUGCCUGAAAACCGUGUGCUGAAGUACAAUGACCAAGCUCUUCAAAAACAGAAAGAACUCCUCAAAGCUCAUGAAGCUACAUCGAAAGGAAAGAAACAAAUCAAAGGUGUUUCUACCCCUGUUGGCAAACCUCCAGGCCGAAGAUCAGAAUCAUCUAAAGGUGGAGGCAACCUGUCAGAUGCUAAUACAUCAGGCAAAGAAACAGAUAGUAGAUCUUCUACACCAUCACUUCAAGAAAAACCCACCAAAAGACCUGCCACAGCCUCUACGACAACAACACCUUCUACCACCACUGCUGGUACAGCAUCAUCUUCUGAAAGCUCAAGAAAGAAGACCAGACCUGACUCUACUGUUGAAUCAGAAGAACAGUUUUUAUCCAAGGUUGAAGUGAAAAUAAAGAUUCCAGAUGAGUUGAAACCCUGGCUUGUUGAUGACUGGGACUAUAUUAACCGCCAGAAAAAAUUGGCGAACUUACCAUCCAAAGUGCCCGUUGACACCAUUCUAGAAGAUUACAUCAAGCACAAAAGCAGCAACCGGACGACCACCCCAAGCAAAGAGAGUGCCAUUCAGGAGGUCAUGGCCGGCUUGAAAGAAUAUUUCAAUGUAACGCUCGGUUCUUCGUUGCUGUAUAAAUUUGAGAGAUUACAAUAUGCUGAUAUUUUGAAGAAUCACCCUGACAAAAUGAUGAGCCAAAUUUAUGGAGCCCCCCAUCUUUUACGCAUGUUCACCCGGCUAGGAAGUAUGCUGGCGUAUACCCCACUUGAUGAAAAGUCGAUCCAACUGCUCCACGUUCACCUCCAAGAUUUUUUAAAAUACAUGGGACGCAACGCUUCGACGCUGUUCAGUGCUCAGGAUUAUGGCAACGCAUCGGCUGAAUAUCACCGCCGCGCUUGCUGAAAUACCACGUCAGUGUAUCUUUUUUCAUUUUUUUUUCGUCGGAAAUAUUUUUUUCUUUCCAAUGUCUCACACAUAUAAACGAGCCGAUUUGAAAUCUGGUAAACUUUAAAAAUAAAGAAAGAAAAAAGUUUUUUUUUUUAAGCCUCAUGUGUAACACAGUGACUUGCCAUCGUGUAAACGUAAUACAUUCAAUUGUUACGCGG